AUGGCUGCCAGACGUGCUCAUCUUGAGGAUGACCUUUCCUGUCCAGUUUGUGGUCAUACAGUGGUGCUCACUUGCAGGUACAGAUUCUGCAAAGCCUGUUUGAAAGACAGCUGGGAGACUCAGGGCAGCGGGGAUUCACAUUACUGUCCUCUUUGCUGGCUCCGUUCCUCCAUGGAUCAAAUUGUGGUUAGCUCUGUGCUGGAGAAGACCUGUGAAUCCUUCAAGGUGGACAGGAGCAAUAAUGACCCAGAGGCUUGUGAGGAGCAUGGAGAAAAGCUCACAUUGUUCUGUUUGGAGGACUUGGAGCCAAUCUGUGGUUUAUGUGGGAAAGGAGCCGCACACACCGGGCACAGACUCUAUCCCAUUGGUGAAGGUGCUCAUGACUGUAAGGAGGAACUGAAGAGUGCACUGCUGCCUUUGAAAGAGAAGUUGCAGGUGUAUAAGAAAGCAAAAACGGCUUGUGAGGAUAUGGCAGAACAUAUCAAGAGCCAGGCUGAACAUACCGAAACACAGAUCAAGGAUGAAUUUGAAGCCCUGCACAUUUUCCUGAAGGAACAGGAGGCUGCCAGACUUUCUGCGUUAAAAGCUGAGAAGGAACUGAAGAAGCUGGAGGUUAACCAGAGGUUUGAGGAUAUGAAUCAUGAAAUUGCAUCUCUCUCAAACACCAUCAGAUUAGUGGAAAAGGAGAUGAACUCUAAAGAUGUUCCAUUUCUUAAGAAUUACAAGGAAACAAUAAGGAGAACCUGGCGAUCUCCCCUUGAACCCCAAAAUGUACCUGAUGCUCUAAUUGAUGUGGCCAAGCACUUGGGCUCUUUGAAGUUUAGAGUGUGGGAGAAGAUGAAGAAUAUAGUUAAAUAUACUCCUGUGAUUCUGGAUCCAAACACAGCGGCCAGCUGCUUCAUCCUCUCAGAGGAUCUCACAGUUGUGCAGAACUCUACCCAGAUUUUCAAGCUGCCUGACAACCCAGAACGCUUCGACAUCAGUGCUGAGAUGCUGGCUGCUGAGGGGUAUACCUCUGGACGCCACAGCUGGGAUGUGGAGGUGAAGAACAACACCUACUGGGUGAUGGGAGUAGCCAGCGACUCCAUCAACAGGAAGGGCAAGCACGUGUUGACACCAGCAGAGGGAUUCUGGACUAUAAGGUUUCGCAACAGUGAGCACAAGGCCUGCACAGCACCGUGGGAGCCGCUGAACAUGACUAAGGUGCCAGAAGUGAUAAGAGUAGUUUUAGAUAUGGACAGGGGCAAGGUGACCUUCUAUGACCCUCGAGAGAGAGCACCGCUCUACACCUUCACUGGGAUCAUAUCACUCAGAGCCUUUCCCUACUUCUGCUCUGCCUGCAAAGAGCAUCCGCUGAAAAUCCUGCCCACAAGAAUAUUAUUGUCAAUGGAUUAAUCAUUUAUUUUGGUGACAUUGCCAAAGGUUUUUAAUAAAGUUAUACAAAAAAAAA